AUGCACUUUCCCCAAGCGAGGUGGCUCGGAUUACUGGGCGUCAUAGUCACCACUGCGUACGCGGUCGAAGUGGACUUGGUCUUCCCUCGCAACGAAACGUAUUCGCCAGCCGACUGGUUCCCUAUUGUCUUUGCUGUGCAGAACCCGCAGAGCGCAGAACUCCUCAACCUCCGCAUCUCCUACGACAUCCGCAAGGGCAAUGACAGAAACAACGACACCACCCUAAUCCAUGAUCUGCGCUGGGCGAACUGGUCCAGCAGCGCGGACCCUUACCUUGCAUACCAGUACCUCCAGUACCUCAACACCACGGGGCAUUGGUCCGUGACCUGGCGGCUCCGCUGGCAAAGCUGCGACGAGGAGGCGCUGGCAAAUAAUGAUGAAAACGGCGGGGUCUUCGAACACUAUUACUCCUGGGCGCAGUUCUUCACCAUCGAUGAUUCCGCCCCCAAAGAAGUAGAUCUCGUCGCGGUGACCGCCAACGCCAUCUGCCCCGAGGACCGGAACGCGAUUGCGAUUAAUGUGACCGACAGGACCAUGCAUUCGCUCCCGGACCUCAACUCCGCGGGCCGCGACACUUGUGUCGUUACGGCGAACUCGACUGCUAGUACCACACGCACCGCCCCUGACCCCUGUCGCGUCGCUAUUAACGAGGAUACCGCAGCGAGUAUGACUGCCGUUCAGCAGAAACGGCUCUGCGAUGGUCCGAAUCCGCCCAAUAACUGUCCUAAUGAGGAGAAUGGUGCUCAGCAAUUGGCUGUACUUAGUAUAUCUUGCUUCUUGUCUGCUUUCGGAGUUGUUGGGUUUGCUUUCUUGUAG